GCACGGCGAGCUGGCUUUAGUGAAGCUCGAAAUGGAAGCUGAAUUGAAAAAAUGUAAGAGAGUGUGUGACUUGCUCACAGAGAGCGUCACUCGGCUGGAUGAAGAACAGAGAGGGUACAUUGAUAGGGAGAAAAUGUAUCGUGACAGAGAGAAGCGAGCUGAAGAGAGGUAUGAACAAUUGUUGGAGGAAUACAAGAAAGUAGAGAAUGAGAAGAAAAAUAUGAUUCUGGAGCUUACAAAUGAGAAUGCGGAGUUGAGGGGUGCUAAAAAUAGGGCUGAAGCUGAUGUUGAGGCUUGGAAGAAGAGAUUUGGGGUAUUGGAAGUUAGAGUUUUGAAGGUGGAAGAAGAUACUGCGAUGUUGAUGGAGUCUGAUUCGAAGCUGAAGAUAAAGAUAGACGAGUUGCAAACGGAGGGACGCAUUUUGGAUGAAGCUUUGAUGAAAAAAGAGAGCUCUAAUGAUGAAAAUUUUCAAAAUGAAAUGGAACUUGGAAAUUUGUGGAGGGUACUGUAUGAUCAUGAAAAGAUUAAUACAUCACCAGGGGAACAGUCUGCCUAUAAUUCCCCUGCAAUUGCGAGUAACCGUUCACAGGAGGCAGAUCCACAUUCUAUGGAUAUGGCUUGUGAUAUUGAAGUGCCCAUAAGAAGGCAGUUGGUAGCUUCAUCAUUGGCAGGGAGUGGAAGAUCAGGUGUUGCAGAUGUCAUUGAGAUUAUUGAUAGUGAUGAUGAGACACCAUCAAAGGCUUGUGCUGUUGAUUUUUGCACGGAGAACACUUUGAUGGCUUCAAUGCCUAAGAGAAAACGAGUUUUAAGUCGUGAAGCAAGUGAUGAUGAGAAAGUUGUUUCUCCUUCAUACCGUAGUCCUGUUUUCAUUCGGAGAUGUGAAGAGAAAGCUGGAGAAAAACAUAAUUUCAGGACUUCUUUGUGCAGUUCCAGUAGUGAUGAUAGCUCUGAUUCUGGAGAUGAGAAUAGUGAUUCUUAUAUGAACAACAUGAUUUCAAAUCUCCGGACGAAAGCUUGUGUGCAUGAGGCAGACAUGCUGAUGGCAUUCGAAAGGGAUUCUGAGCUUUGUAUGAAUGCUGUUUGUGCUCUUUAUCGGCAGCAAACCUCUCUGUUGAAAUCUGUGAAGGGUUCAUCAUUUUCGAAGGAUCGGGGAUUUGAUCAAUUUGAUGCUCUCAGGGGAAGUUCCUUGGCUCGGUUUCUUACUGAUGGGGAUCCGGAAGGUAAACUGAAGAAAACUGUCAAAGAGUUGGAGGAAUAUGACACAAAAGGUAUUGAUGAAUGCAGGAAAUUGGCUAGGCGAUACUCUAGCCAGCUUUUUGAGACAUACCAGAAGAAGGAGGAUCCUUUCUUCCUCCCUCGUUAGCCUGAAUUCUCAAUUGAUCUUUUUGAAGUCGGAUAUUAAGAUUUGAAGCAACUUCGAUAGGAUGGAUAUCUGGGGCUUAAUAUUAUCUCAUAGUAUGAAGCUCUAUCCUUCUGUGUUUAGCAUGAUCGACUAUGUUGAAUUGUAUUUUUGUACAUGUACAAAUAUAGGUGGCAUGUUAUGGUCGAUUAACUCUCUUUUGUCUCUUUUAAUUGCUGCACAUGAUCAAAUUAUCUUUGUAAUGCAGUUGAAUUUUAUGGUGG